AAAGAUGGUUACUUACAAGUCAAGGAAGAUGGACUACGUGCAUGGAUAUGGUCAAAACGAUACGUUGUCCUUCGAGAGCAAUCAUUGACAUUCCAUCGAAACGAGCAAAUGGGACAGUGCGUGGCCCUGAUCUUCCUCAAAGACAUCAAUGCCGUGACACGCGCUGAAUUAAAAACACAUUGUUUUGAACUGAGCACGAAACAAAAGACAUAUUAUGUGGCAUGUAAGAAUGAUGAAGAACUCUAUUCUUGGAUGGACGAAGUGUACAACCGUUCGCCUCUGGGUGCUUCUGGUCCUACAAAUUUUGAGCACAAGGUUCAUGUGGGCUAUGACCCGAUCACAGGCGCCUUCACUGGAUUACCUGAUCAAUGGAACGCCCUUUUAAAGGUGUCAAAAAUCACCCCAGAAGAUGCGGCAAAGAAUCCUCAAGCAGUUCUCGAAGCACUAGAAUUCUAUGCCGAACAAACCAAACAAGAAAAAGAAGAUUUUGCUAGCCAUCACCACUCAAAGGAGGAGAUCAUGAUGGUCUGGCCAAACAGCAAGACAUUCAGCCAAGACUCUCAGCAGCAACAGCAGGAGGAGGAAGCGGGAGCAACACCAGCAGCACCAGUACAAGCACUAGUUAUAGUUCCAAUUCUAGUUCCAACUCUAUCCAAUGAGCGUGAUCGAAUGCGUGAAAGAGAACGAGAGCACAUCAUGAAUCUGCGGACCAGACCCCACCCACAAUUGCAUACUCCUCAACCACAGCCACAACAGUCAACACCUGUACCGUCCUCAACCCCCAAGGUUGAGAGAGUAGCGCCACCUAAAAGAAAUGAACAGAGAAUUAGUACCAUGUCCGAUUCACAAAUUAUGGAAAGACUGAGGUCUGUGGUUUCAACAGGAAAUCCAAGUUUACUUUACCGUAGAUCAGAGCGUAUUGGACAAGGAGCAUCUGGAUCUGUCUAUCUUGCUACACAUUUGGUAACCCACUCCAAAGUGGCUAUCAAACAAAUGAACCUGGCUCGACAGGCUAGACUUGAUCUUAUUGUAAAUGAGAUUAUGAUUAUGCGAGAAUCUGGCCACGACAAUAUUGUCAACUUCCUCGAUUCGUUCCUGGUACUGGGCGAUUUGUGGGUGGUGAUGGAGUACAUGGAAGGAGGUGCAUUGACAGAUGUAAUUGAUCACAAUAACAUGACAGAGCAGGACAUUGCAACCGUUUGCUUUGAGACUGCCAAAGGACUUCAUCAUCUUCACUCCCAAAACAUCAUUCACAGAGAUAUCAAGUCUGAUAAUGUGCUGAUGAAUUUCCAGGGGCAAGUCAAGAUCAGUGAUUUUGGUUACUGUGCUAAACUUACUGACCAAAAGAACAAGCGUGCAACCAUGGUUGGUACACCGUACUGGAUGGCACCGGAAGUAGUCAAACAAAAAGAAUAUGGCGCAAAGGUUGACAUCUGGUCACUGGGUAUUAUGGCUAUUGAGAUGAUUGAGAAUGAACCACCCUAUUUGGACGAAGAGCCUCUUAAGGCUCUCUAUCUAAUUGCCACAAAUGGCACACCGUCGCUAAAGAACCCAGAAAACCUGUCAAGAGAGCUCAAAGGAUUCUUGGCAGUCUGUCUGUGUGUGGAUGUAAAGUCACGAGCAUCAUCUUCUGAGCUAUUGGAGCAUGAUUUCAUGAAAAAGGCAGGUCAAGUGGAUCUCUUGUCUAGGUUAUUGAAGUUCAAGCGA